GGAUUCAAGUUCUGUAGAUUAAUAUCGCUCGACUCUCAUCAAUAUUAUGUGCCAUAUCCUCUAUAACUCGACCAUUCGUGUUCGUUUCCCAGACUGAGCUGUUACGGCGGCUCUUAGGACCCUGCAUACACAGCCCGACAGCCCGAAUCUCAACCUUAGCGUCCCAAGGCGCUACUGAGAACCGCACUCAGAUUUCUGCACUCCGGAAGCAGCUUUUGAUGCCAUCAAUGCCUCCAGCGAAUCCAUUAAAUUCACAGCAUGGUGGCAUUUGUGGCAUCCUUUUCAGGGUCUGUGCGUCGACCAAUGUCUCAGACCCCGUUAUCGCAGCAGUGGCGCUGGCACAUGACCGCGGACUAUAUCAACCCACAAGAUAUGAAACACAAAGAGACGCUAAGUUAAAGUUCGCGGAUGCGGUAUCGUUUCGUUGGUUCAAUAAUGUCGGCGUUCCACGAUGGCUUCGAUUUGCCAGGACUCCGUAUCCUUCGCAUGAACCUUGGUUGACUAGCCUCGGGAUCACGUUCGCGUUGCUCAAAGAGUACCCUCAAGGUCAUAUUUUACACAAGGAAAACGGCAACGAUCAACUUCAACUAAACAUCCAAUAUGGUAUUUGUUUGGUCAAACCCCCCGACCACUGCUGCUUGAUAGACGCACUUUUCAAAUGUUCUCACGGGCCUCCCCCUCAACUUCCUAAGAGGUAUAAUAGUAUCCUCGCAAGUCACCCUAUGGAUUCGUCCGUUAUCAUUAGGAGGGUAGGUCCUGGCGGUCUUAGAGGUCUUGCUGAGAGCCCCUUCGUUCUGGAGGAUGUUCUGAACAAGACAAAAGCAGGCUAUGCAGCCGCUAUACUGGUACUUGACAUUGACAUGAUAAAAUAUAGCAGCUACCAAAUAGGGUUGUAUCAAACUUGGGUGGGAAACCACCAGGGUGGCGGGAAUGACCGAAAUCGUGUUGGUACAAGGCAUCGCGGGGGGUGGAGAGAGUCGCGAUCGACAAUUGGAGUUACUUCAGGACCUCGCGAUGACACACGUGGUAACAUUGGUCGUGUAGGUGCAGAGGGUAGUGAGAAUUACCACGGGAAGGAUGACGGAGGUCAUACUGAACAUCAUCCCCACCACGAGGGUCGUGAACAGGCUCGCGAGGACAGCGAUUGCUCCGAUGAGCAAGGUGGUAGGUCGAUAGAGGAUGGAUACACUCACAAGCUGUUCGGUGUUGGUUCGGUGCCGUACAACUCAAGGAGGCUGCCAGGAGUGGCAGGGGGUAGUAGCCAAACAAAUGCUAUUUUCGUCAAGUUGAUCACCGCCUUUCAACUUGGCCUGAUCACUCAACCAAACUCUACCAAACUCCUCCGUCAUCACAUAUUUCUCAACUCAUCCGCAGUAUACAGCCCAGUACCCGGCGUUACAGAAGGAAGUGAUUCACGUGUAUACCUCCGUGGCGACCCUUCGUUCUACGUUCAACGCAUCACCGUGAUGCUAAGUCAGGUGGGAAUGUCGUAUCAUGAAACCGGGGGCUGUCGUGAUCGAUUUUCAAAAUUUGUCCCUGCACAAUCAGCUAUGAUACAUCAUGUAAGCUGCGUGAUCGAAGAAAUCGGUAAAAGUGAGGAUUAA